CAAAACCACAUCAAUGUUGACAUCAUUUCAUGAGCUCAUGAACGUGUUCUCCUGCAGAAAACAAAAGAAAACACAAAACAUUCAGUUUGUGUUCUCACUUUGGACAGGAAUUGUCUUGCAUCUUCAUCUCUUAUGAUGGAAGGUUUUUCCAAUCUCCUCACUGAUACAUUUUCAGACCCGUCUGUUCCAUCAUUCCAAGAUGAAGAUGUGGACUUUGAGACUUUAGGUUACGAUGAAAAAAGUGAGCCAGACAAGAGAGAAAUGUUGAAAACAAAGACAGACGGGCCUCUGCUCCAGGAAGCAACCGCUGAGACUGCAGCUUUGUUGAGCAAGGCGACCGAAGAUAUUUUGUACAUAGCUGAAGAUGUUGAUGAACAGCUAAGAAUUGAUGAAAGCAGUGAAGAGGAGUUUAAGGGGGCUGAAACACCAGAGGACGGUUACACAAGCUCAGAUGGAGAUUCGGACCAUGAAGGUUCUGCCUCUGGGGGAGAUGAAGAGGAAGACGUAGGGGCCGCCGGGGAACCAGGGGAUUUGUUGACACCAGCUCGCUGCUGUGAUGAGCUCCGCGAUGGUAAUAAAGAGGACAGGAUCUUUGCUGAGGGACAACCUCUGGCCCCGGAGGGUGCUGAUAACCCUCAAGUUAGAAACAAGGUCCGAGGUGAAUCUGAGAGUGAUGAGGAGGUGGCCUAUAUUUUCCCUGUAAGUGGCACUGAGAUGAUGAUGAAAGGUGCUACGACUACCGAGGACGAGCAAGAAAGUGAAGCAGACUCUUCCGACUCAGAGGAUGAGGGCAUGAAAAUAAACCAAGAAGACAAUGGUCUCCUGCAGGAGACCGAGGAUCUACGCGUGGAAGAUCCGGCGAAAGCCAGUGUGGAGUUUCCAUCUAUAUCUGUGCAAAAUCUGCAGGAUCUCAUUGCUGAAGUAGAUGGGGAGGAAUAUGCUGAGAAAAUGGCAGAUUUCUCAGGGGAAGAGCACCAGGAGGCAGGUGAGAGUUUUGCAGAUUAUCCCUCAGACUUUUCUUCUUCUGAAUAUGCAGAAGAUAGAGGGAUUAUUCAAGAAAACCAGCCGGAUACGUCGCCACGUAUGAGCCAGGACUUACACCAGGACAGAGCGGCGACAGGAACGGCAUGGGCGGGCAGCGCUGGGGACACUGAUGAUGAUGAGAGGAUAGACGAGUUUCUGUGCAGCAGAGAUUUAGAGUUGAAGGUUGAUGAGGUGAUGAGUCUGGAUGUAGGACCUGGAGGACGAGCUGAAGUAAAAUCCCAGUAUUCGUUGGUGGAUGAGCCGGAACAGAGUGACUCUGACAGCUCCAGUGAAGAUGAGAGGUCACUGAGAAGAAACCCUGAGGAAAACAUGGAAGACUGUUCCGGCCAAAAGGAAGUGGAUGAGCUUCAUCCUUGGAGCAGACCUGAGCUUCCCAGGUGGAGCGCCUCCUCUGACCAUCAUAUCACAAACAACAGAGCCGAUCUGGAAGAUUUCACCAACUGGGACUUUGAUGUGUUAAAAACUGGCAGCCUGCUGUCUGACUACUUGUUAACCCCAGAGGACACGGAGAAGACGGAAACUCUUCUGAAUCACCGUCCUUCAGACGAUGUCAACAGCUGCUCUGCAGUGAAGGGAGAGGAUGCAGAGACAAUGAGCCCCUCUAGUCGCGGAUCUGUCGAUGACAGUUUCUUCUUCAACACUGCCCACAAUGUCUCCGGGAUCUCUGAUCUGGGACAAGUGGAGGAUGAUGAGUAUGAAGACGAGAGGAACUGGGAACAGGAGCAGGAGAGAAUCAAGGCUUUCUACAAGUUUUAUGAUGACAGCGAUGAUGACAAUGGGAGAGAAGGGAGGCAAAUCAAAGUUCAGUUUUGUGCAGACCCCUUGUCUCAAGUCAUUCAUUAUGAAACUGAGAGUAGUGACAGGGAAUCACUUAGCAGUUCCACAGACAUGGAGGAGGACCUACACUUUACAGAAAUGUGUGAUGAACUAAGGGAGCCAGAAAACACCUCACCUACAGAAACUGAAACUUACCCCCCCAACAUUCAGCUUCCAGAGAGGGUGGCAGACCUCAGCGACACACAAACCUGCACGAGAAGGAGCAAGAUUCUCAGCAUGUUGAAGCUGUUUGUCACAACUGGUUUGGUGGUGGUACUGGGGCUGCUGACGUUCUGGUUAACCACAGACCAGAUGGACUGGCUAAGACACACUUUCUUCUCGUAGGGCUGUAGCUUUUUUUGGAAUAAUAAAAAAAAAAAAAUAAGCACACAAAAAAAGUCUAAUUAAAAAGUGUCCCACAAGGGAGCAGUGAACAUCUGUACAAUACAUACAAAACAUCUACUCUUGCCUUUGAUAUUCCAUUUAGUAGUCAAUAUGAGACAUCUGUUUGAAAUCAUAAAUGCUCAGUCAUGUUUGAAAACUCAAAUUGUUUCUUCUCAGAGGAAAAUAAUGAAUUAUGUAUUUUUAUUUUGCUAUUCUAAUGCAAUUGUCUGUUGCUUUGCAAAAAAAUUGUUUCUUAUUGCUUUGCAAAAAAAAAAUCCUUACCAUUAAUGUAUAUUUGAAGUUGUUACAGAUAAAUGAGGCAACCAUUUGUUUGAAUG